AUGGUAGGCCGCAACAAGAUCCCGUUAGCGAGAUAUCUAUUCACCCGCCUACGUCAACAAGGUGUGCAAGCCAUCUAUGGCGUGCCCGGGGACUUUACCCUCAAGGCACUGGACCACGUGCCCCCAGCGGGGCUGAAAUGGAUUGGGACCUGCAACGAACUCAACGGCGGCUAUGCAGCCGAUGGAUACGCUCGAGUCCACGGUCUCAGUGCGAUCAUGACGACGUAUGGCGUGGGUGAGUUGUCCGCGAUCAACGCCAUCGCGGGCUCGUUCGCGGAAUGGGUGCCCGUGGUGAGCAUCGUGGGCACGCCGCAGCGGCGAUUACAGGAUGGACGCAAGAACGUGCAUCACACGUUGGGGAACGGACGGCCAAGAGUAUUCGCUGCGAUGGCAAGGCACGUUACUGUCGCGCAGACGAAUCUUGUUGAUGAAAGCACGGCGGCGGACGAAGUUGAUCGAGUCAUCGCCACGAGUCUACGGGAGUCACGGCCCGUUUACGUCGAGAUGCCUGCCGAUAUGGUUGGCAAGGAGGUCGACGCUGCGCGAUUGGACGAGAAGAUCGACGUGGCGAAAGGAACCGUUGGGAAUGAGAGCGAGGAAGAAAUACUGCGUGAGGAGGUGCUCGACAGGAUUUACAACGCAAGACAGCCGCUGUUGCUGGUCGACAGUGGAGGCGGCGUUCGGGCAUUGCGCGACGAGAUCAACGCCUUUGUCAAAACUACUGGGAUACCGACCAUGUGCAUGCCCUCAGGGAACAACAUGGUCGAUCACUCGCACGCGAACUUCUACGGCGUGCACUCCGGUCCGGUGGGACAGAUCGAUACGAUGCCCUACGUGCGCGACACGGAUCUAGUGCUCGCUUUUGGGCCAAUGUUCUCUGACACGCAGACGUUGUCGUGGAAAGUCGUGCCCAAGGAACACAAAAUAAUCACACUGAACAGGAAUACCAUCCACAUCCUCGGGCUCAAUGGCGGAGAGGUCGCGGAAAUCGACCUGAGCCGCUUCCUCAAAGGCCUUACCGAGCAAUUCGACCGCUCGAGACUCACCACUCCCGACGUGAGUUCACUGGGCGACUUCCGCACUGUUCAACCGCCCGCCUACGCCAAACCUGACGGCGUGACCCUCGACGAUUCCAUAGACCAGACGUCCUUCUACCUCCGUCUGUCGCCCUACCUCAGGCCACACGAUACCGUCAUCCUAGGCAACGCCACGCCAAUUCUGGGCGGUCGUGAUCUCGUCCUCCCGCCAAACGCCCAAAUCAUAGCCUCAGGCCAGUGGUUCUCCAUCGGCCAUAUGUUCCCGCUCUCGAUGGGCGUUUCACUCGCUCGUCAGUACCAGUCCCAGGAAGGACGUCCCCCUGGCCGCACGAUAUUGCUUGACGGAGACGGUGGAUUUCAAGUCACGGCGCAAGAACUCGGCACGGUCAUCCGAUAUCGUAUCCCCAUGACGAUUUUCCUGAUCAACAAUGCCGGGUACGCUUACGAGAGGCAGAUCCAUGGCAUGCAUGAGGAUUACAACGAUCUGGCGCCGUGGAGGUAUACGGAAUUGGCUAGGGUAUUCGGCGCGACUGAGGCUCAGCUAGUGGGGAGCAAGACGUCACAGAAUGUCAGGAAAGGCGAGCUGUAUACUGUGAGGAAUUAUACCAUUCGCACGUGGAGGGAUCUGGAGAAUCUGCUUGCCGACGAAGAGUUCUGUGAAGGGAAAGGACUGCAUUUUGUGGAUGUCAGGGUUGGGAAGUUCGAUGUGCCUGAGAAGUUUCGGGUCGUCUUUGAGAGGGCGGGUGAAGCGUUGGGCAGUUGA